GCACUGCCACCACGCUCAUGAACCACCACGGCCACAACGCGGAGGCAGCAAGGGUCAACAACGGGACUGAGAAGUGCUAAGUAGGACAGCAUGCACGCGAAAUGGCCAGGAACGACGGCAAUCUGGGGGAGCCUUAUCUCUCCUGCCUGGGAUCGCCCAGCGUCACACAACUCGCUCAGGUGCACUCAGCAGAUAGAACCCGGCCAGAUAGCAAAUAUUCUACUGCCUGCCGCUACUCCCAGUCCAUCACAUAAAUAUCAUUCCACAUGCUCCCAAUGUCGCCAGCCACCUCCCCCAGAGUUUCCCCCGACCUCCGAGUCAACUCUACUGGCCCCGCGCCUGCCUCUGUCUGCCCGUCAUGCUCCCGACACUGACAAGCGACGCCCCCGACGAGCUUGAGCGCCAGCUCUCCACCUCUUCCAUCGAGAAGAUGCGCACCCCCGAAUCUUCCUCCAAGAAGGACUCCGAUGCGUAUCUUGAUCACGAGAAGGUCGACGUUAACGAGGUGCCGUAUGACGAGGACACCGAGGUCAAGGUUAUCGAGAAGGCCGAGGAAGUCGCAAUCGAAAUUCUGAGCUCGGAGGAUCAUCCUGAACUCCCUGCGUGGACGUUCCGAACCCUCUUCCUUGGCGUCGGUCUGAGUGCCUUCGGUUCCGUUCUCUCCACUAUCUACACGUUCAAGCCUCAGAACGCCUCGGUUUCUCAACUCUUCUGUCUCAUUAUCGCCUAUGUCCUCGGUACGGCCAUGCACGUCAUCAUGCCCUCGCACAGCUAUUGGCGCUACCUCAACCCCGGUCCCUUCAACAUCAAGGAACAUACUGCGAUCGUGAUCAUGGCCUCUACUGCGUCCACGGUGGCCGUGGCGAUGGAGAUCAUCGCUGCGCUCGACCUCUUCUAUGACAUCCGCCUGAAUGCAGCCGUCGCCAUCUUCCAGAUCUUCGCGAGCCAGAUGAUUGGGUACGGUAUCGCUGGUGUGCUCCGCGAGCUACUGGUGUACCCAACCUACGCGUUCUACCCGACGUACAUCUCGGUCGUCAACCUACUCCAGUCCCUCCAUUACGGCAACGUGCUAAACCAGAAGCGCCGCAAGUUCUUCUGGAUCGUCUUCAUUGCCAUCUUCUGCUGGGAGUGGAUUCCGCAGUACCCCUUCCCGCUGCUCACUGCCAUCUCGAUUAUCUGCCUCGCCGACAACGGUAGGCAUGACUUUGUGCGCAACCUCUUCGGUGCGGGAUCCUCCAACGAAGGCAUCGGGUUGUUCAGCUUCAGCACGAGCUGGACGCUUAUCACGCAGGGGUUCCCUCUCGUCUGGCCCCUCCAGACUCAGGUCAACUCCUACCUGGGCAUGGCGAUCGGCUACCUCGUGCUGACGCUCUGCUACUACAAAAACGUCUUCGGUGGGCGGGAGCUCGAGUGGAUGUCGACGUCGCUCUUCUUCGAGAACGGCACAACGUACGACCAGAGCCUGAUCCUGAACCCGGACAACUCGCUCAACAGGACGGCGCUUGCCGAGGUCGGCCUACCGUACUACACGACAACGUACGCGAUCAGCCAAAUGUGCUACAACUUCUCCUUCGGCGCGUGCAUCGUGCACGUCUUGCUCUGGUACUGGUCGGACCUCAAGAAGGCCGCAAAACAUGCCGUUUCGACCUUGAGGCGCAUCCGCGAGCCGAUCGAGAUCGACGACCCACAUUGGCGCGAGAUGCAGAAGUAUAAGGAGGUGCCCGCCUGGUGGUACAUCUCGCUCUUCGUCAUCUCCCUCGCCAUCGGCAUUGGCUGCAGUUACACGACUGGUUCUGCGCUCCUCCCUUGGUGGAGUAUCAUCCUCUUCACAGUCAUCAGCUUCUUCCUCGCCAUCGCGCUCGGCUUUAUCACCGCGACGACGGGCUUCAACAUCUCAGUCAAGUAUGCGAUCCAGAUCCUCGCUGCGUUCAUCCAUCCAGGCCAGCCCAUUGCGGUCAUGUACGUCAACCUGUACGGCAACUCGACCACCUUCCAGACGUUAUACAUGCUGCAGGAUCUCAAGCUAGGCCAGUACACGAAGCUGCCACCCCGUGCGACCUUCGCUGCCCAGAUGUUGGGCUCGAUUGUUGGUUCUAUCUUCAACUACACGAUGAUGCGCUCUAUCGUCGACGCGAACCGUGAAGUACUUAAGGACCCGACGGGUACCCGUGUCUGGUCGGGCUGGAUCAUCCAGCAAUAUAACUCAGCGUCCGUCGCCCUAGGCGCGCUCGGCACCGAGCUCUACUCGGUACACAAGCGGUACGACAUGCUCGCGUUCGCGAUCUUCAUCGGCCUGCUGCUCCCGGUCCCGUUCUGGCUCCUCCACCGCUACACCAAGCCGGGCACGCUCGUCAACCGGUUCGCGAGCUACGUCAACAUGCCCAUCAUCUCGCUCUACGUCGGCUACCUGCCGUACUCCGUCAACGGCCAGUGGUGGUCGUGCUUCGUGAUCGGCUUCGCGAGCCAGUGGUGGCUCCGCAAGUACCGCCCCGGCUGGUUCAAGAAGUACAACUACCUCCUGUCCGCCGCGCUCGACGGCGGCAGCCAGGUCAUCAUCUUCAUUCUGUCCUUUGCCGUGUUCGGCGCGAGUGGCAAGGCGGUCGAUUUCCCUUUGUGGUGGGGUAACCCCGACCCGAGCGUGUUUUCUGUGGACCGGUGUAAGGCGACCUGAGUUGACGCUGGCUGGCGUAUGUAAAAAAUGUAUAGCUGUAAACGACGUCACAUUUAGAUGGGGACGACUUGGUACGAUAUACAACAUGAUAUAAACGGUACUUGUACUCUAGACCAGCCUGUGGAUAAUGCGACGCAUCGGGCAGA